GCCCCUCACGGGCCUCGCCCCCGGAAGCGCGGCGCCGGGUGGGGUCUGCGCGGGCUCUGGCGGGGCCGACGUUCGGGCUGAGUUUUGAGAACACAGCCCUGCAGUUGCUGAGAAAUAAUUCACAGUGUUCUUCAUGACAGCCUGACUGGCAACCUGGGAGCAUAUACACCUGUGCUACAGGAUGUUUCGACUUCGCUUUCUUCCUGUGGCAGCCGGGCUGGCUGCUGCUGCACGGCGUUACCAUGGGACAGCACAGAACCCCAGGACCAGGCACAGGCUCAUGGUGGCAGCUUUCAUAGGGACGACUGCAGCCACAGCAAGUGCCAGAUUCCUUUGGCAGAGGGCCUAUGCAGAGGACUCUUCCUCUGUAAAGCACAAUCCAAGGACAGAGCCGAGGGAGAAGACAAAGCACGAGGAGGAGGAGGAGAGCAGCAGCACUGGGGGCAGAAGGGCUGUUGCAUCGGGGGAUGAGGAGGCUCAGCCAGAAGGGAAGAAGAAGAAGCAGCGCUCUGGGUUCAGGGACCGUAAGGUGAUGGAAUAUGAGAACAGGAUCAGAGCUUACUCCACGCCAGACAAAAUCUUCAGAUACUUUGCCACCUUGAAAGUCAUAAACGAGCACGGUGAAUCAGAGGUUUUUAUGACACCACAAGAUUUUGUGAGAUCAAUAACACCUAAUGAAAAGCAACCAGAAAAUCUGGGCCUGGAUCAGUUUAUAGUGAAACGCUAUGAUGGAAAGAUACAGGUUAAAUUUUCAUCUAAAUUGUUAUCUGGUCUCAUCCCCACUCUGCAGUCACAUACAAUGAAGUUAUCCCAAGAGCGAGAGAAGUUUGCUGAUGAGGACAGCAUAUUUUAUGCACUUGGAGAAUGUGGACUCAUUUCUUUUUCCGACUACAUCUUCCUUACAACAGUCCUUUCCACUCCUCAGAGGAAUUUUGAAAUUGCCUUUAAGAUGUUUGAUUUGAAUGGUGACGGAGAGGUGGACAUGGAAGAGUUUGAGCAGGUUCAGAGCAUCAUUCGCUCCCAAACCAGUAUGGGCAUGAGGCACAGAGACCGCUCUACAACGGGGAACACCCUGAAAACUGGCUUCAACUCAGCCCUGACAACCUUCUUCUUUGGGGCAGAUCUUAAGGGCAAGCUGACCAUCUCCCACUUCCUCGACUUCCAGCGCAAACUGCAGCACGAUAUUCUGAAGCUUGAGUUUGAGCGGCACGACCCAGUGGAUGGGCGGAUCACGGAGCGGCAGUUCGGCAGCAUGCUGCUGGCCUACAGUGGGGUGCAGUCCAAGAAGCUCACGGUCAUGCUGAAGCAGCUCAAGAAGCACUUCCAAGAUGGAGAGGGACUGACAUUUGAAGAGGUGGAGAACUUCUUCACUUUUCUGAAGAACAUAAAUGACGUGGACACAGCUUUGAGCUUCUACCACAUGGCUGGAGCUUCCCUGGAUAAAGUGACAAUGCAGCAAGUGGCCAGGACGGUGGCCAAGGUGGAGCUCUCUGACCACGUGUGUGAUGUGGUGUUUGCGCUCUUUGACUGCGAUGGGAACGGUGAGCUGAGCAACAAGGAGUUUGUGGCCAUAAUGAAGCAGCGCCUUAUGAGAGGCUUGGAGAAGCCCAAGGACAUGGGCUUCACUCGGCUGAUGCGGGCAAUGUGGAAAUGUGCCCAGGAGACAGCCUGGGACUUCUCCUCACCCAAGCAGUAGCAGGGCUGGGGAGGAGAGCCUGGAUUCCCUUCCUCAGCCCUGCCAGCACCGCUGCUGCGACCUCUGGUGGGGUGGCCCUGGGUUCUGGUGAGCCCAGACUCUUCAUAACAGGAGAUUUUUGUAAAUCAGAGUUAGAAUCUGAAGGCUGUUUUAUUUCCAGCUUCUGCUUGCUGCCAGCCCCUUAAUAUUCCCCUCUCUCAGGAAACAGAUAAGGACUUUUCUUACUGCUGCCACCUCUGCUUCACAAUUCGCCCUGCCUGCAGGCCUGGGCAUCGAGCAAUACACCCAAAGCACUUCUAUUUCGUGUUGUUAUAAAACAGCAUGGCGUUUAUUUUAAUUCUUCCGUUGCUCCUGAUAAAGAAGCCAUGGGGUUCCUGGAUGGAUGGCACCAGUGGAAUGGAGGUGCAGAGCCUGGAGCAGCUGGGUGGUGAGAGCACUCCGGGAUUUGGGUCAGCCAAGUGCCCUGUGCUGCCCCUGGGUGUGGGAGGUGCAGGAGAGGAGCGCACACACUGAGAUGGGUGUAAGAGCAGCUGGGGCUCUGCCAUCCAUCCUGCUCCCUGCGCUCUCCCCUUGUUUUUUUAAAUGGGAAAUUGCUGUUCUGUAAUGGGAAGGGGCCGACAGGGCUUCUGUGCCCAGCGCUGUCCUUUCUGUAAAGCGGUGUGUAAAGGUUUUGUGCUCAACGA